CGCCGCCCGGCUCGGGUGGGGGUUCUUAAUUGGUUGGCUGAAGUGGAAAUACCUACCCCGAAUGUGGGUAGCACCAUUUCACGAACUGUACCCUGCAUCAAAUGAAAAGGAAAGGGGGCUGAGCACAGGAAGCUUGGGAUUGUGGGUCAAAUUCUAGUGAGUGUUGUGGCUCGAGUCCUGCUAGACGGUUAACACUCUCAUUAGCAUCGCAGUACACCUAGUCAUUACUGUGCUGUUUGCUUAUCUUGUUGUCCUGACUACAGAAUCAAGAUUAUCUCUCGAUAGCAAUGGGAUGAGCACAGAGAAGGUCAUGCUCGCCUACAGCCAAACCACAACAGUGGCUAAUGAUGGUUCCUGGUCCUUCUUUUUUUGGUUCUGGUUUUUGUUGUUGUUUUUUUCAAGACAGGGUUUCUCUGUAUAUAGCUCUGGCUGUCCUGGAACUCUCUGGCCUCAAACUCAGAGAUCCACUUGCCUCUGCCUCCUGAGUGCUGGGAUCAAAGGUGUGCACCACUAUGACUCUGUUUCAUUUUCAAAUGGCACAGGACAAAUUGGAGAAUUGUAUGCCCCGCACCGUGAGGAUGUUUUCUGUAUCAGUGACUUUUCCUGUUGCAGUGACAUAGGCAGGCCCAUCGUGUAAGCUGGAAUGUGACAGAUGGCAUCCUGGGCUAAGAGGCAAAGAUAAUGCUGGUGCUCAGCUGGCUGUCCUUUCCCUUUUCAUGAAGCUGGAACCACACCCAUGGAAUGAUAGUGCAUACAUUCAGGGUUGGUUAGACUUCUAUGGAAACAUCCUCACAAACACAUCCACAGGGGUGUGUCUCCUAGGUGAUUCCCAGUGAAUAUUAACCACCACAGAAAUCACUGCCUGCCCUACCCCCCCUUCCCGUACAGUGUAUGGGUUUUUAGCAUGCCCUCUCUGACUCACUCUCACUCAGUAGCAGGCAGUCCUGGAGCCAUCUGUGUGUCAGGUGCCCGUGACCUUCAGAGAUGUGGCCGUACACUUCUGCAGGGAAGAGUGGGAGUGUCUCAGCCCCAGCCAGAGGACCCUCUACCGGGAUGUGAUGCUUGAAAACUUCAGGAACUUCGUCGAGCUGGGAUACUGUGGCCCUAGACCAGACCUUAUUUCUCACCUGGAUCAGUGGGAUGAACCAUGGGUUGAAGACUGGGACAGGCCUGAGUUUCUAGAAGCACAAAAAGGUGUCUGCCCAGGAGGCAGAAAGUCCACAGAUCGUAAGAGAGCCCGUGUUCGGGCUUCAGCUCAUGAGAGGGCCCAUCCACGGACAGGAGCCAAGAGGGGGCCUACCUUGAAGAAGAGUGUCCUGACAUUGGGGAAGGUGCGCCUCCCCAGAGCCACCUCUGGCAAGAAAGCGGACCAACCGGAAGCUUUCCAGAACCGGAUGUGUGGGAAAUCCUGCAGGAAGCAGCCAGGCCUGAGGGAGCAGGGCUCGAGUGGUGGGGAGGGACAUCCCUUCAUCUGUGGCACGUGUGGGAAGGCACUGAGCUGCCACAGCCGCCUGGCUGCUCACCAGACAGUGCACACGGGAACCAGGUCCUUUGAGUGCUAUGAGUGUGGCCAGACGUUCCGCUGGGUGUCAAACCUCCUGCGCCACCAGAGGAAUCACACGAGCGAGAAGCCCUUCUGCUGCGAGGUGUGUGGACAGGCCUUCAGCCUGAAGGACCGCCUGGCACAGCACCGCAAAAUCCACACGGAGCACCGCCCCUAUGGGUGCGGGGACUGCGGGAAGGCCUUCAAACAGAAGUCCAACCUGCUCCGGCACAGACUCGUUCAUACUGGAGAGAGGCCCUUCUACUGUGGCAGCUGUGGCAAGGCCUUCCGCACGAAGGAGAACCUCAGCCACCACCAGCGGAUUCACAGCGGGGAGAAGCCCUACACCUGCGGCGAGUGCGGCAAGGCCUUCAGGUGGCCCAAGGGCUUCAGCAUCCACCAGCGGCUGCACCUGACCAAGAGGUUCUACGAGUGCCAGCACUGUGGGAAGGGCUUCCGCCACCUGGGCUUCUUCACGCGGCACCAGAGAACUCACGGGCGUGGGGAAGUAUGAAGGCACCCCUAGGCAGCUGGGCCUUCCCCGCUCUGGGACUUGGGGGAACCGCAGCGGGUGCUCUCUAGAAGCCAGGUGGUCCCCAAGUCCCUGAGGAAGUUCGGCCAGGAAAUGGACACAGGGAGGCGGGCAUCACGUGUGCAGGCAGAGCCGGCCACAGCUCUGGCUGCGUCCCCUGAGGAGUUUGCCCCUGUCCUGAGUGUCACUCGGGUGCACUUUAAUCCCUCUCUCUUCCAGCUCUUUCACCAUGGCUCCUGUUUGUGGGAGGGAGGCUGGAGCUGACAAGACGGCCCGGUGGGUAAAGGCACUUGUGGUAAAGCCCGAGAACCGGAGUUUGGUGCCCAGGGAUCCACACGGUCAGAGGAGAGAACCAGAUGCCCUAAAUUCUCUAAAUUCCUGCAGCACACGUGUGCAUACAGACGCACAAUAAAUACAUAAAUAAAUGGGGGGAUAAAAAGCUUCUUCAACCUCAACAGGGGGCCAUAGAAACAAACACCCUUGUUAACGGGCUGCAGAGAGACCUGGAUUCACACUGGGUAUCUAGCGUGGGGGUAUGUGAGAAGCAGCCACAGACUGUACACGACCACCCGGGUAGAGGAAGUUUGUUGAAAUGUCCUCAGCAGUUUCUCUAGCAGUUUAUUCAGCUAGAGGUACCGGAUCUUUGGUUCUAUUUAUUUGGUCUCAUUAAAGCAUAACCAGAGGUUAUGUCCCAGUGGUGUGGGAACUUAGAUGAGCCUUUGCUUCAGGCGGGACUCUGUCCCUGCAUAGAGCUGUCCUAGUGUCGGGCAGGGAGGGGCAGCUGGAGCCUCUGCUGGGCAUGUGGUU